AUGACGCCCACGACCGUUGUUCACAAUGCCUACACCCCCAAGGAAGCGACCGAGCAAUGCUCGCGCGCUGGUAAGGCGAAGGCCAAUAUGCGCAUCGACAAGAUCUUUUUCAGCUCCUUCAUGGCGGGUUGUAUCCUCGCUCUGGCAUGCGCUACCUCUCUGUCCACCAACACUUCCCCAUGGUACCAGGAGAAUGCUCCAGGACUGAUGCGCAUGAUCGGGGCUAUCAUCUUUCCCUGGGGCCUCGUUUCGAUCGUCGUCAGUGGAGCAGACCUCUGCACUGGAAGUUUCAUGUUCACGACUAUCGCUGUGCUUCAUCGACGGUUGAGCGUGGUGAAGAUGCUUAUGCAUUGGUUCAUCACGUUCUGGGGAAACCUUGCUGGAUCGCUUUUCGUGGUCGGCUUGAUCACAGGACAUGGCGGUAUCUUCAAUGAGGACCCGUACUUAUCAGAGGUCUACACGUUCAAUGAAGCCAAAGUCGUCACGCCCGAAUGGCACAUGAUCUUCCUUCGCGGCAUUGGAGCCAACUGGCUCGUGUGUCUGGCUUGCUUCCUGGCUUUCCUCGCUAGGGAGUAUGUUAGCAAGGUGGUGGCUAUCUGGUGGCCUACGUUCGCCUUCGUUUGUCUUGGCUUCGACCACGUUGUCGCGAACAUGUUCUUCGUCCCCAUGUCAAUCUUCCUUGGAGACCCCAACAUUUCGAUUAGCUUCUACAUCUGGAAGAGCAUGAUCCCGGCUCUCCUUGGGAAUAUUGUUGGGGGUGGUCUGAUGGUGGGCACAAUGUACUGGUAUCUCAACUUGACGGGCGAGCCACCUGUCGCCAUAGAUGGGGUGCAGUUCGAGAGCGAGACGGCGGCGUUGGUGGGACAGUCCGCUGGGAGCGGAACACCUGCUCGUCGGGGGUCGUCGAGCGAGGGCGAGAAGCGUGAUGAUGGGGAUAUGGUCUAG